AUGUCUGAGUAUAUGAGAAGGGUGAUAGUGUGGUUGGCGCUUAGCUGCGUGGUACAAGUCUGGGGCUCCGCUGACAUCAUGAAGGACGUUACGCUCGGCUUCGGAGAAGCGCUGCAGCAUUGCAGAGAAGAGAGUCAACUGACCGAAGAGAAACUGGAGGAAUUCUUCCACUUUUGGAGAGAUGACUUUAAGUUUGAGGAUCGCGAGUUAGGAUGCGCUAUCAAGUGUAUGAGCAGACAUUUCAAUCUGCUGACUGAUUCCCAUCGAAUGCAUCAUGAGAACACUAAUAAAUUCAUCCAGUCAUUUCCAAACGGUGAGAUGCUUUCGAAGCAAAUGGUGCAAAUAAUUCACACAUGUGAACAAAAGUUCGAUUCAGUGGAGGACCAUUGCUGGCGGAUUUUGCGCAUCGCUGAAUGCUUCAAACUCGCUUGUGUUGCAGCUGACAUUGCGCCCUCUAUGGAACUGCUAAUGGCUGAAUUUAUUAUGGAAGCUGAAAAUUAAUUGUAUUUUUAAGAUGUGUUUGAAACAUUAAUAUUAUAUAUUGGGAAAGUAGAAAGACUAGCCUAUAAAUAGACAAUAAGUCUAUGGUUUAUUUUUUGUAACUAUUUGGAUAUUGUUAUUUAUGAAAAGGCGUCAAUCAUAUAUUGCAUGACGCCUGUCUAUAAGUAGAAGAAGGCUGUUUUGUACCUAGUAGAAACUAUGUAUGCUGCUUUAAAGUAUACCUAAGGGGUUUUGUGUUUAUCUUAAUUAUAUUUUAAUGUAAUAUUUGUUAAUAAUUUAGUAAUUAUAAGACGAGUGUAUUUUACUUUUGACACUAGCUUUGUACCAAGGAUAUAACGAUGUAAAACUCUACUAUGAGAUGGAC